CACCCAUCCCCCGGCGUGUCGACGGGCUGCGCUGCCUCACAGGGACAGCACUCCCCAUCUCCCCCCACUUGCACAAGCACCUGCACGCUCAAUGGCCAUCCUCCUCGGCGCCAGGGUGCAGCCUGUGGCAGUGGCAGCCACGCCGGCUGCCAAGCGCCAAGCGCGGGGCUCGACGCUUCGGCACUGCCAGCCCGCUGGUCUGGCCGCCCUUCGCCAGCGUUGCGCCACCAGCCGGUGCAGCCGGGCGGCCCUGCGCACCUUGGCUGUGGCCAGCACCGACAAGACGGAGCCGGAGCACCCCUACUUCAGCGAUGACUGGAAGGAGUACAACCGCCGCUUCCAGCGCCCGGUGUUUGACUUUGAGCGCUGGAAGACCCAUCGCAGCUCCAGCCGUUACCUGCGCCACGUGCUGGGCAUUUUCGACUCCAAGAUUGUGCAAGGCCUGGCCAAGCCCUUGGCCUACGUGAUGACUCUGGCCACCGGCGUGGCCCUCUACCACACGCUGGCAGAGGCUGGCUACCUGACUGAUGUGCCCGACCUCAAGGCCACCAACGCGCCCUUCGGCCUCACCUCCUUCGCCCUGUCCCUGCUGCUGGUGUUCCGCACCAACACCAGCUACCAGAGGUGGGAUGAGGCGCGCAAGAUGUGGGGCUCCAUGGUGAACCGCAGCCGCGACUUCACCCGCCAGGCUCUGGGCUAUGUCCCUGAGUCCCAGCCUGAGCUGCGCUCGAUGCUGGUCCGCUGGAGCAUCGCCUACCCACGUGCGCUGAUGUGCCACCUGCGCCCUGGCGAGAACAUUGAGGAGGAGGUGAAGGACAUCCUGAAGCCAGAGGAGGUCAAGGCCCUGGCUGCCUCCACCCACCGCCCCAACUACUGCAUGCAGGUGCUGACUGCUUGCCUCAAGCAGGCGCAGCUGCCGGCGGCCGUCACCAGCAACCGUGACAGCUAUGGCGCUGUUCCUGCGGGUGCUGCGUACCGCAUGGAUGAGAACCUGACCGUAUACUCGGAUGUGACUGGUGGCUGCGAGCGCAUCCUGCGCACCCCCGUGCCCUUGUCCUACACCCGCCACACCUCUCGCUUCAUGAUGAUCUGGCUGACCCUGCUGCCCUUCACUCUGUGGGACAACUGCGGCUGGGCCAUGCUGCCCAUCACCUUCAUUGUUUCCUUCCUGCUGCUGGGCAUUGAGGAGAUUGGCGUGAGCAUUGAAGAGCCCUUCACCAUUCUGCCGCUGGAGACCAUUGCCCGCACCAUUGAGGCCAACCUGCGCGAGCUGGAGGCCACCCACGGCCCCGCCACCCUGGGCAAGGCCGGGCCCGGGCAGGUGAAUGCCACCGAGCUGCUUUACGACAUGAUCCCCAGUGCUGCCAAUGGCAGGAUCUCCAUCAAUGCAUGAGGACCUCACAGGCUGAGGAUGGCAGGUCGCCUACAAGAAGCACUGACAACUACGCUACAUGCUGCGCCAGGCUGCUUUGCUGAAUGGCUUUGUUUCGUUCCCAUUUCAUUUGGGCCGUGCUGUUCGUUUCCCAGUAAUUUAGGUCAGCAACAUUCAAUUAACCAAGUUGUAUCACGGUGUGACCGCUAUCUAGUUUAGCCCCUGUUGCAUUCAUUCCAGCUCCCAAUUCCUUCACUGGCCCCUUCUUUUCUGCUGUCCUGUUCCGUUCCUGGAGUUUGUGUGCUGGUUAGCCACAAAUCAACCAACUGAUCACCGAAUUAUCCCAGUACACAAAUCUCUUACACUUGCGGCAAAGAGUCUUGCGCGCAAUUGAGUGAACACUGAGUGUACUAGUCCUCCACCUGUAAACUGAGCAGGUC